AUUGUAUCAUAUGUCUAUAGUAAAAUGAAAUUUCUCUUAUCGAUUGUAAUUUUAUCCAACUAGCACAAAACGUUUUGAUUUUUUUCUUCUUCUUUUUAAAACAUUCACAAAACAACACUAAUGAAGAGAAAAAUGAGAAACAAAAUUAGUGUGUUUCUAAGUAAUUGAUUGGUUUAUGAGUGAAAUUUGUGUAAUUCUAACUCAUCCAGUCAUAAACACUAGUUCAAUUUCUUAUUUUUAUGUAAUCCAUAUAUUCUCAAUAGUUAUAAGUUAACAAUUAGAUUGAGCAACGCAUUAUCUAAUUCGGUUAUAUUUUCGUUUUCAUUGCGUUGAUUGAUUAUUAGUAUACUUUAUAAUUCUACUCGAAUUAUUAUUAUUACUACUGUUAAUAAUAAUAAGAAUAAUAAUUACUGUGCUCAUACACAUUAUACAUUACACAUAGAAACUAAAAAAUUUCACCUCAGAUCAUACAGACUAUCUUGGCUGAACAUUCAACAGUAUUUAUCUUCUUUAUGUCAAAGUUGAUUUAGAGAACAGAAAUUGACAUUACUGUUAUUAUUUCGUUAUACUUGUUUAGAAGUACAUAUUUUGAUUGCUAUCUCUCUCUCUGUGUGUGUAUGAGUGUGUAAAUCUAUUCACCUAUACAUGUACCCUUACAACUUUCUAUGAGUAUAUAAAUAAACAUAUUUAUUAUAAUAUAAACAUUUAUAGUCCAUUGAAGAUGAGGAAAUUUCAAAUUUGUUUUGUUCCUCCUCUAUAAUAAUUGAAGAAAUCUACUUCAACAGCUUUCAAAAGACAACAAACAAACAAACAAAAAACUUUAUCUUUGAAUCAUUUAUUGUGUAAUUUUUCAAAACUACCAAGUUUAUCCUUUUAAUCAGAAAACAAUACACACGAAAUCUAAAACAUUAAAACAACAAUCUCUGUCAACUGAAUUAAUGCCUUUUUGGUGACCUCAAAUCAUUGAGAUUACAAUAGUCGUUUAACUUUUCUCAAUCACAACACAAUACAAUGACUAGUCAAGCUGGUAUUGAAACAGUUCAGUUGUCGGAUUAUCUCAAAAAUCUUGAAAAUGCAUGUGAAACACCAAUUUUCGGUUAUACCCAUCAAAGUUUGGAAGAUGAAAUGGCUAGACAACAGACAAUUGAAGGAUCAUCAAAAUGGAUAAGAGAAAGUGUAACUAGUUCGAAUCAUGAUAUUUUGAAUCAAAUCAGCUAUAUAACAGAACGAGUUGAAACGAAUAAAGAUUGUUUACAUUAUUUAGCUGGAAUUACAAGUAUGGAAGAUAUUUAUUCGGAUGUUACAGCAUUCAAUGCUAAACGUGCAUUAAGACUUAUCAUGGAAAAUCUUGAUAAUAAAUUUUGGAGAAGAAAAUUAUCUGGACCUAUUAAUCGAUGCUGGCAAAAUCUUGGUCGAUAUUCAGAAUUAGCAACUAUACAUCUUAAAAAUGCUGCCGAUUUUCAUCAGUUUUAUUAUGAUGCCAGACAUUUAGAAACUAAACUUUAUGACAGACAUAAGAAAUUUCUAUAUAAUCGUGGUCGAUUUGCUGAAAUGAAUCAUGAAUAUUAUACAAAUUCAUCAAAAGAACUAAGAGAUUGGUUAAGAAGCCAGUUUGAUCAUUUAAAUUAUGUGGUCAAUCGUUCAAAACAAUUAAUUGAACAAUCUAAAUCACUUGUGCCUAUUUAUCUACGAACUAAUCGUAUUAAAUCCCCUGUAAAUGGUGUAAUGUUAUGCGAUUAUGAAACGCCUAAAUUUAAACUAACCGCUGGUGAACGAAUUGUUAUAAUUGACAAUAUGGCUGGUGGUGUAGAAAAUAAACAGAAAUUCCUACUAAGAACAGGUACUAAUCAAGAGGAAGAUAUAACAUCUGAAGCAUCACACAAUAUGACAUCUGAUACAUUGGAUAUUUGUGAAACAGACAGUGACAGUCAUUCAAGAACUGAAGAAAUAGACGAUCGUUCAACUGACAGUAACUCUUAUUUACGAUAUCCGAAACCUAGAAUUACAACAAUGCCUUAUUGGAAUUUCGGUCGUGGUCAAACCAGUGGUUCUGAAAUCACAAGUAGUGAUCAAACGAGUAGUACUUUUACAGAAAAUGUCAGUCCGUUGGGACAAUCAUCGUCAAAGCUUCAUUGGCAUAUUAGAAGUAUUGAUGGGAAAGUCGAAGCAUUAGUACCAUCUGUAUGUGUGUGGAUUCCGUCACCCGAUAUGGAAGCUCAAGAGAAGGCAAUAAAACUAUAUAAAGUUAUAUUGGACAGUUGGAAUUACAUAAUAGAUGAACAAUUGAAAAUUUGUCUUCAAUUUUUCACAAUCUUAUUACAACGGUUUAUUGAAAGCGAUGGUUUAACUACAGAUGAUGAUGAAGCAUUUAAACGAUUUCUAAAUAACUUAGUAUUCUCUUUAACUGAACCACCAACAGCUGAGGCGGAAAAUUUUAAUAAGGAAUUCUUACGACUUAUUGAUGCUACACGUGAACAUUGGAAUAAAACAAAGACAUUUGGAACACGUACGUCAGAUAGCAUUCAUCUACGUCGAACAGAAAUUGCAAUAUUUCAAAGUCUGCUUGAUUGGAAUAAAGCUCAUAUGAGAACUAUAAAACAAUAUGAACAAGAAAAUAUUAUACCACUUGAUUUAUCACAAAAACUCAAUGAUCUUCAAGAGCAAAGUUUUCAUAUGAUGGAAACUGUGACACUUGUCAAUGAUUUAGCUCAGAAGGAUAAGAAAAAAUUAGAUAGUUUACUAAGUCAAUUAAGAAUAUGGAAUAAACAAACAAAAGACAAAAAUCAAUUUAAUAUUUAUUCAUUAUCAUCAAGUUCUGAUGAUGAAUGGCUGUCAAGUUCAGGUUCGGAGUAUAUAAAUUCAGAAAGUACUUAUGAAUCGGUUGAUGAAACAGAAACAUCAUAUAUCGUUCAUUCGAAACAAAUUAAACAACCACAUUUUACAAGUAGUUUAAAAUUUCCACAUAAAACGUUUAUACUGCCAGCUAUAUUCACAUAUGAUGAAGAAAUGGUGUGUAGUUGUACUACGAGUGAAGAAAUUCAAAGUUUUGGUACAGGUAGUUCUUGUACAACCGACGAUGAAAUUGAGGAUUAUCAAAAAUACCAUUUAAAACAAGAUUUUCGUACAAGAUCGGAGGACGAUUUCUUGAAAGAAAAUAAAAAUUUCGUAACUACACUUGACAAACAAAUGUUGUUAACACUUGAACGGCCAAUGGAUACAAAAGAUAAACCAAUAACAUACAAGAGUAGAAAAUACAUCGAUACAAAAGACGGUGGGCGCUAUUCAGUUGUCUAUAUCGAAGUAGCGCCAACUGAAGAAACUAAUAUACUUGAUUCCACUGAUCAAGAAAAUUUAAAACCGUCAACAAUUUCAAAAUCUACGCAAUCAGAAGAUCCUUUGAAAAAAACAAAAUUUACACGGAGAACAUGGAUAGAAAAGCAGCAUGUUGAAGAAGCAAAGAGUUUGACUAAAAUUGAAGAGUCAGCUAGAAUAAUUCAUACAAGGCCUAGCAAAGUUCAAAUCACAGAUAUAGGCAUAGAAGCACGUCCAACCUUCAGAAGCAUUGAAUGCUGUACUAGAGAUCUUAUAACCACAACUUCACAAUCAAUAACAGAAUUACGAAAACAACCACGUCAAAUUACCGAACAAGGAGAGAAUGUUCAAACACAAACAGAAAAGCAAUCUGAAGAUUUCAUCUACACAGUUAGGCAGUACGCACACGUAAAAGAGAUAACAGAAGCUCAAUUCAAUCAACUCAUUCAACAAGAAGUAGAAAAGUUGAAAUAUAAAGGCAGAGGUGACAGAGCUUGUCAAACUUAUGAAAUAAUGAAAAGCCCUGUGGGAAUAUAUAAAAUUACAUCUGAUGAUCAUAAACCACAUGAAAAAGUUCCAGAAAGUCCACGAUUAAGAGGUGAAUUUGGUUGUCAGUAUCAGCAACAAAUAAGACUUCUUGACAAACAGGAGCACUACCUUAUAGAAAGUACAUCUAAAACAACCAUGUCAGAAAUGUACGACAUCGAAACAAGUAAUGAGGAAAAAAAUAGGGCAAUGUUUGGACAGAAAACCGAAUCAAAAUUAGUAACCCAAAAUAUCGCAUUUGUAGAUCAAAGACAAAUACAUAGAAUAGUUAAAUCAGAGGAAAGUUCUUCGGAAAAAAUAGGAAAAUAUGUUGAAAAUUUCCAAAAAUACGAACAAACCGACGAAGAGAAGAAGGCAAUAUCAAGCCUAAAAAACAAAAUAUACAAAAUGAAAAUAGAAGCCAGCAUACAAACAACAAAAUUCCAAUAUGACAGUUGGACACAAACAAAAAUGGACAAAACAGAAACAACAGAAAAGAGAGAGGAAAGAAAACCUAUCAAAACACAAGAAAGCAAAGUAGAAAAUCAAUACCAAACAAGAAUUGAAGACAAGUCAAAACGAAAACAAGCCAAAGUGUGCAUCGUGGAUUCGUCGUGCGAGAUAGAUACACCAGUGCAAGCAGAAAAAAACAGAAAUGAACACAGAGGAAAACACAGAAAUGAAGACAGUGAAACCUGA